CGUUUCAAAUUCUCCUUGAGUAUAAAAACACACAUACUUCCGAGCAGUGAGAAUCUUUUGUAAAUCGCCUAUUUGCGUUAUUAGAGUUUAUCCAAGUUUAUCUUUCGCUUGGAUUUACUAUAGAAGCUUUAUAACCCUCCUUUAUUAUCCCUAAAUCAUCUCCAAUUACCUAAGCUCUUAUCAAACUAUGAGUUUUCUCUGUCUAUUGUUAUUGUUAUUAUUGUCAGAAAAGGCGCGCAUCGUAGAAUUUGUAUCACUUGUAGGAAUUGAAAUUAUCCAGUCGUUCGUUUAAAAUUAAAUGCAAUGUAACCCGACCUAAAUUUCUUGUUUACAGUUGAGAAAAACGUGUAAUUUAUCGAUUUCUUACAUUUAUUGCUAAAGCGUGUAAUCAACGAUUACCCAUUAUGUUCUAAUAACAAAGUUGUUACAUUUGUUUAGUUUUUUAACUCGUAGAUCGUGUUACAAUUCCUACAAUUUAAGUAAAAUGGAUCUAGACAAAGACGAGUUAUGUCUGGAAUUGGAUGCUGAAGAAGAUGCUCUUCUUAAUGAAGCCAUUUGUAUGAGAUCAAGUGAGCUUGAUAAAAUAAUAGAGUCAAAUAAAAAUGUUGUAAAACCUAAAAGUCCUGUUAAAACUGAACCUGUGGAAAAUAAUUCGUAUGACAACAAAGAUCAGAAAAAAGAGGAAGAUACCAAUUUAAAUGUACAAGAUAAUAAAGUCAAAUGCGAAGAAAAUAAACUAGCUAAUGGGAAUGCCAUAAAAUUCGAAGAUAAUGUAAGAAAUAAGCCAGAAGAUUUAUAUAGUUUUCGCAAAAGACCUGGAGAAAAGAAUGUAUAUUGCGAAGAUAGGAAAUUUUUACGUACUAGGCGUAACAGUGAUUCAAGUACCACUACAAAUUCUUCUGACAGUAGUAGAAGACGCAUAGAAUACGAAACAAAUCCUAAAAUAUUAGCACAUAGGCAAAAAGAAAUAGAUUAUGGAAAGAAUACCAUCGGAUACGAUAGAUAUCUUGAGGCUGUGCCUAAAGAUAAGCGUACAAGAGAACACCCAAGAACACCUCCAAAGCAUAUUAAAUACAGUAGAAGAGGAUGGGACGGCAUGGUAAGAUUGUGGAGGAAGCAACUUCAUCAAUGGGAUCCUCCACAAGAUAAUGCAGAUUAAAGUAGUGUUAUGUUUAAACUUUGUUUCAUUACAUUGAUAUGUUAUGAUAAUCUUUACAGUUCUAUGUUUUUUACAUACAUGUAUAAAAUUAAAACAUUCUAGAAUUAGGUGAGAUCUAGUAUAAAUUUUGGUACAUUCUUACACAGUGUAUUAUAAAAGGUUUGAAACACAUAAUACAUGUAGCUUUAGUACAUAUAAUUUUAAAUUACUCUCGUUUGCUAAAUCGAAAAUUUAAAAAAUUUUGUGACAUUAUGAUGUCUAUAUGAAAAUGGAUAACCAUGGCAAAAUGAACUACUUCCAGGAAGUUUAUAAAUUUUUUGAAUUUUCGAAUUUAUAAAAAAAAUAUUACAAAACAGUAUUAUUUUCAAAAUCAUUAUUUUUUCUUCUAUUGUACAUAUUGAGUUACAUUAAAUACACGAUUUAGUU